AUGUCGACCCGCAGGCAUGAUGGGGGAGGCGGGGGGGCAGACGUGUGCGUGGCCGAGCCGAGCAUCUUCAAGUCCCAGAGGAUCCCCCCCCCCGCCGAGGAGGACGGGAGGACUCCGCUGUCCCGACGGAGUAAGGGAGGGAGGAAGAGGGGGAGGAAGGACGUAAAAGGCUCCUCCAGCAAAGGUCAGGUGGGGGACCCGUGUCUCCGGUCCUCGGACUGCUCCGACGCGCUGUGCUGCGCCCGCCACUUCUGGACCCGCAUCUGCAAGCCCGUGUUGCGGGAGGGACAGGUUUGCACGCGACACCGCCGGAAGGGGAACCCCGGCCUGGAGUUGUUCCAGCGCUGCCCGUGCGGGGACGGACUCGGCUGCAGAACCCUGCGAGAGCCCGGCGCCCGGUCGUCAUCGUCGUCGUCGGCGGCUCUGCUGGCGGCGGCGGCGGCAAAGUCCCGGUUCCCCUCGUCCUCGUCCUCGUCCUCACGAGCAGAAGCUGCUUCAGAUCCGGUCCGACUCCAUUCCCCGAGACAGGAAGAGCUCUAA